GCAGUGUUUGUUUUUGACACUAUUGAUGAUGUACUUGAUUUGUUAAGCUUCUGAUAUCGUCAUUUACGAGCUACGUUGUCAUAAAUUUUCAAUGGCCCCAUAUCAUAAAUGGCGAAUAACGAAUUGCGAUAGUUUUCAUUUUACCCACUGCUGCUGAAUUUCCUUUAAGAUUGAUCGAGUUUUUGUUGUUGGAAAGUCAACCGGCAUAACUAUAUCAAUGCUGCCGCAAACUGACACAGGUUUGAAAACUACACAAGUUUCAUGCUAGAUAUUAAAGGCUAUUUAUUAUUUGGUAAUCAGAAAUCACUUUAAAGCCAUGUUUGAUACAAUCGGCUAUCGUUGUCUUAAAUCGAACUAUACUUCUCUUAGCUAUUCUUAAAUAGUCGGUUAUAACUCGUGAAUUCGUUCUUAGAAAUUCCUUUCAUGUAUAUUAACACUGUUAAAUUCAAUGCUAUAUGUCCUCAGUUCUUAGAGAACCAUGUGUCAUUCUGAACAUAUGAUUAGUACUCCUUAUAUUUUUACUCUAAUUUUAUCUGUUGUGUUUAACCUUAUUUAUUUGUGUUUUAUUUUGUUUUAACUUUCAGAAUUUAUAACUUUAGGACAUCAGCAACCAAGAUGUCCAAACCUACAGUAAUCCUUCAAGUAGUGCUGGAUAAUCCUUCCAAGGUUUUUUUCUCAGGCGAGAUGAUUACAGGCCUAGUGAAGUUCCAGUCAGAGCAGCAGCAUAAAGUCCAGCUCCUGGCAAUAAACCUUAAUGCUGAAUAUUACAGCAUUAAGAAUGACCAAGAAUCUGUAGAGCUGAUUUACACUGAAACAUGCCCUCUCGACUUGAGAAGUGCCGGUGAAGGUAACACUGAAAUGCCUUUCAGUAUGGUUGUACGCACCGAUUCACCAACAUCGAUCGCUUCGACCAUAGGAGGGAUCAGAUAUCGAGUGGUAUCAAUUCUGUUGUAUAAAGAAGGCGAUAGGGUCCAGAGAAUUGAAGCUGCUGAGUACUUGUCUGUCAAUGCGAGAAAGCAACUCACUGAUGAAGUGGCUGGUCAAAAGGUGACUGCUCAAGAAGGUUGGAACUUGGUCCCUUCCUGCUGUGGCGCUAUCUUUGUGGACUUCGAGGUAGCCUGUGUAUCCUUGCUCUGUGGCCAUAGCGCUAUCAUCAACGCUUGCAUCACCAAUGGUACCUCUUGCCAUAUCCAGGGUACCUCAGUAGCGCUGAUCCAGAAGAUGUGGCGGCUACGCGACAAGAAGAUUGUCAAGUGUAUUGUUGCUUCUAAAGAGCGGGGAGCCAUCCUCCCUGGAAAGAGACAAGUCUGGCUAUCGGAUCGUUUCCUCAUUCCUCCCCUGCCACCUUCUGGGGCAGACCCAUACUUCAAGAUCAGCUACAAGUUUACCAUGGUGAUCCAGAAGUCUUCGACAAAGGGGGUACGGCUCAAGGUACCCAUAACCAUUGGCAACUUGCCCCGAGACAAGGACACCCUAGCUCUGAGUACUCAGUGUUCUCUGGGGUCCGACAUAGCAGACCUCGCAGAAGGAAGAUGUUCUAACUUUUCCAGCGAUGUCCACGGCUUCAAACCGCUUUAUGUCACCUAUAUUUCCUAAUUCUUCGAAUAGUUAUUUCUCAUACUUAAGUAUUAUAAUGUUUUGUUCAAUAUAAAAAUAUCAUACCUACUUCAUAUUUUGUUGUAAUUAAUUACUUUUUAGAAUGUAAGAUGUUUUAUAAAAUAAAAAUACUGUUUUAGAAAUAUUAA